AUGGAGGUUGAUAUGGCAGAAAAAAAUAAAGAAAUAGAUCAAUUUAAAUCAGAUUUAGAAAGAAGACAAUUUGAAAGCUUACCAUGGGUAGAGAAAUAUAGACCAAAAUCAAUUAACGAUUUAAUUGCACAUGAUGAUAUCAUAGCAACAAAAAGUAAUACAUUACCACAUUUACUUUUUUAUGGGCCUCCAGGUACAGGUAAAACAUCAACAAUCCAAGCAAUUGCAAGAAAACUAUAUGGCGAAAACUAUUCAAGAAUGGUAUUGGAAUUAAAUGCAUCGGAUGAUCGUGGUAUUGAUGUUGUCAGAGAACAAAUUAAAACCUUUGCAAGUUCAAUGUUUUUUUUCAAUUCAACAGUACCAUAUAAAUUAAUCAUUUUAGAUGAAGCCGAUUCAAUGACAAAUAUUGCACAAACUGCAUUAAGAAGAGUUAUUGAAAAAUAUACAAAAACAACUAGAUUUUGUAUUGUAUGUAAUUAUGUUGUUAAAAUUAUUCCAGCUCUUCAAUCAAGAUGUACAAGAUUUAGAUUUAAACCAUUACCAGACAGUGCAACCGAAGAAAGAUUAAAAGAAAUUUUAAAGAUUGAAAAUGUACAAAUCGAUGAAGAAGGAAUGAAAGCAGUAUUAUUUUUAGGCGAUGGUGAUAUGAGAAAGUCAUUAAAUAUUUUACAAUCAGUUUCAAUGUCUACAAAUGGUCUUAUUGGUGAAGAACAAAUUUAUAAAUGUACAGGUAAUCCCUCACCAACAGAUUUUCACAUGGUAUUGGAAUGGUUAUUUAAUGAAGAUUUUCAAACAGCUUUUAAUAAUAUCACCGAUUUAAAAAAGAAAAAAGGUUUAUCAUUAACCGAUAUCAUUUCAUAUUUCCCACACUUUUUAAUGGAAAUGGACGAUAUGCCUUCAAUUCUUUUAUGUAAAGCUUUAAGCCAUCUUUCUGAUAUAGAAUUUAAUCUUUCAAAUGGUGCUUCAGAAAAACUACAAUUGGGUUCUUUAGUUGGUUCUUUUCAAAUUCUUAAGGAUGAUAUAGCUUUACACGGAAAUAAUAAAUAA